CAGGCAGGCAUUCAUCCCCGUCCAAAUUCCACCAAAAUCCGAACGAGUCCAAGAAUCAAACAAAAUAAAACGCGGCCUGACAGACACCACCUCGUCCUCGCCGCCUCCUUCCUCCUCCUCCUCCUCCUCCUCCUGCCGCGGGCGGCCUGCUUCACGCCGCCCCUCCUCUGCUCCCUUCCACCCGCCUCCCGCUUCUUCUAGAGUUCCCCCUUCCGCUCCUAUAUCCCCAGCAGGCGCGCGCGGGAAGAACCCUAGCUAGAGCGCGGCGCGGACUCUCCCUUCCCCUCCCCCCGCCGCCGCCGCCGCGAUCGCCGGAUACCGAGAUUUUGUAACAGGGAUGGCGCGGAAUGGAGAGAGCAAUCUCAAACAACCGCUUCUCCGAGCCGCUGAUGGGCCCGCCAGCGCUUCUCCUCACGGGAAGUCUCCACGGAAGGAGAGGAAGACGAGGAAGGUCAUGUUCAAUGUCCGGGGCAUCUCGUGCGCUUCCUGUGCAGUGUCGAUUGAGACGGUGGUGGCAGGAUUGAAGGGGGUUGAGAGCGUCCAGGUCUCAGUCCUUCAGGGCCAGGCUGUUGUUCAGUACAGCCCGGAGGAGACCGAUGCAAAAACCAUAAAAGAAGCUAUUGAAGAUAUCAACUUUGAGGUCGAUGAACUCCAAGAACAAGAAAUUGCUGUAUGCAGACUCCGGAUAAAAGGAAUGGCAUGCACAAGCUGUUCUGAAUCUAUUGAACGGGCACUUCUGAUGGUACCUGGAGUGAAGAAAGCUGUAGUGGGGCUUGCCCUGGAAGAAGCCAAGGUGCACUUUGAUCCAAAUAUAACCAGUCGUGAUCUUAUAAUUGAGGCUAUUGAGGACGCUGGAUUUGGGGCUGAUCUCAUCAGUUCUGGGGAUGAUGUGAACAAAAUGCACCUUCAGCUUGAGGGUGUGAGUUCUCCAGAAGACACCAAACUCAUUCAGUCGGUACUGGAAACUGUAGAGGGAGUGAAUAAUGUUGAAUGGGACACAGUGGGCCAAACAAUUAAAGUUGCAUAUGACCCUGAUAUCACUGGUCCACGGUUACUUAUUCAGCGGAUUCAGGAAGCUGCGCAGCCCCCCAAAUGCUAUAAUGCCAGCUUGUACUCACCACCAAAGCAAAGAGAAGUAGAACGCCGUCAUGAAAUUUUGAAUUACAGGAACCAAUUUCUUUGGAGUUGCCUCUUUUCUAUUCCUGUAUUCCUGUUCUCGAUGGUUCUGCCAAUGCUUCCUCCUUUUGGGGAUUGGCUGGUUUAUAGAAUCUGCAACAACAUGACGAUUGGUAUGCUACUGCGGUGGUUGCUAUGUUCUCCAGUUCAGUUCAUUAUUGGUUGGAGAUUUUACGUUGGAGCUUAUCAUGCAUUGAAACGAGGAUACUCUAACAUGGACGUGCUGGUCGCUUUGGGAACAAAUGCUGCAUACUUCUAUUCCGUGUAUAUAAUUUUGAAGGCACUAACAUCAGACUCGUUUGAAGGACAAGAUUUGUUUGAAACUAGUUCUAUGUUGGUGUCUUUUAUAUUGCUCGGAAAAUACCUUGAGGUGGUGGCAAAGGGGAAGACAUCAGAUGCUUUGUCAAAGUUGACAGAACUUGCACCAGAAACAGCUGUACUUGUCACGUUGGACAAGGAUGGGAAUGCCAUUUCAGAAAUGGAGAUCAGCACCCAGUUACUUCAAAGAAAUGAUGUUAUUAAGAUUGUCCCUGGUGAAAAAGUCCCUGUUGAUGGUGUGGUCAUCAAAGGCCAAAGCCAUGUUAAUGAAAGUAUGAUAACUGGGGAAGCAAGACCCAUAGCGAAAAAACCUGGAGACAAGGUUAUUGGUGGUACUGUAAAUGAUAAUGGUUGCAUAAUUGUUAAGGCUACUCAUGUUGGGUCGGAAACGGCUCUGUCGCAGAUAGUUCAGCUAGUUGAAGCAGCUCAAUUGGCAAGAGCUCCAGUGCAGAGGUUGGCAGACAAGAUUUCACGUUUUUUCGUUCCAACUGUUGUGGUGGCUGCAUUUCUUACAUGGCUUGGUUGGUUCAUACCUGGGCAACUUCACCUCUACCCCCAGGAAUGGAUUCCAAAGGCAAUGGAUAGCUUUGAGCUUGCUCUGCAAUUUGGAAUAUCUGUACUGGUCGUUGCAUGCCCGUGCGCUCUGGGAUUAGCUACACCAACUGCUGUUAUGGUUGCCACUGGAAAAGGUGCAUCUCAAGGUGUUCUUAUUAAGGGUGGCAAUGCACUUGAGAAAGCUCACAAGGUUAAAACUAUCAUAUUUGAUAAAACUGGAACCCUGACUCUCGGCAAACCUUCUGUCGUUCAAACAAAGAUCUUCUCGAAGAUACCACUUCUAGAAUUGUGUGAUUUGACUGCUAGUGCAGAGGCAAACAGUGAGCAUCCCCUAUCAAAGGCUAUUGUUGAGUACACAAAGAAGCUCAGAGAACAAUAUGGAUCUCACAGUGAUAACAUGAUUGAAUCCAAGGAUUUUGAGGUGCAUCCAGGGGCAGGGGUCAGUGCGAAUGUCGAAGGCAAGCUGGUUUUGGUUGGUAACAAAAGGCUCAUGCAAGAAUUUGAAGCUCCCAUGAGCUCCGAAGUGGAGGAAUACAUGUCUGAAAUGGAAGACCUUGCUAGGACCUGUGUGCUUGUUGCUAUUGAUAGGAUUAUCUGCGGAGCUCUUGCUGUGUCGGAUCCUCUUAAGCCUGAGGCAGGCCGUGUCAUUUCAUAUCUCAGCUCAAUGGGCAUCACGAGUAUCAUGGUGACAGGCGACAAUUGGGCUACAGCUAAAUCCAUAGCAAAGGAAGUCGGGAUCAACACUGUAUUUGCUGAGAUCGAUCCAGUUGGAAAAGCUGAGAAGAUCAAGGACUUGCAGAUGCAAGGACUGACUGUAGCAAUGGUUGGCGAUGGGGUAAACGACUCGCCAGCCCUGGCCGCAGCAGAUGUAGGCAUGGCCAUCGGUGCUGGCACAGACGUCGCCAUCGAGGCCGCCGACAUCGUCCUGAUGAAGAGCAGCCUGGAGGAUGUGAUCACCGCCAUUGACCUCUCGCGGAAGACACUCUCGAGGAUCCGAAUCAACUAUGUCUGGGCCCUGGGCUACAACGUCCUGGGUAUGCCGAUAGCUGCCGGUGUCCUAUUCCCUUUCACUGGCAUCCGGCUUCCCCCCUGGCUUGCUGGGGCAUGCAUGGCAGCCUCGUCAGUGAGUGUCGUCUGCUCGUCGCUGCUGCUCCAGCUCUACAAGAAGCCAUUGCACAUCGAGGCCACGCCGAGGCCAGCAGGACCCGCUGAUGGCGGCUCCAAUCUGGUCUGACUGAAGAUGGCGCCCGUUCCUUCCACCGUCUCGCUGUGCUACUAACGGAACUAUUGCUGUCGCCGUCGUUGGUAGGGUACAGCUUUUGCUGGUAUGCACCAAGCCAUGAACUGACGAACUGCUGCUGAUUGCAAACACCCUGUUUGGUGUGGCCAUCCUGAUUGAUUCGUGUGCAUAAGCAAUUUUUAGCAACUUUUGUCUUUAUUUUUGUUUGUAGUGCUGGAUUUUGUGAUUUUGUUUGAAUAAUAAUCCGGGAGGCUUAACUGUUAGCUAUUCGCAGAUGAAUAUGCAUGAAAUGGUACUCUUUAGGAUUUC